GAAAAAAUGGGGGGAAAUGGGGAAAAAAUGGGGAAAAAAAGAAAAACGGGAAAAUGGGGAGAAACGUGGAAAAAAUGUGAAAACAAAGUUGGGGGGAAAAACGAGAAAAAAUGGGAAAAUGGGGGAAAACAGGGAGAAAAAAUGGGAGGGAGAAAGGGAGAAAAGGGGGAAACGGGGAGAGAAUAGGAAAAAUGGGAGAAAAUGGGAAAAAAACCAGGAAAAAUACAGAAAAAAUGGGAAAGGAACACCGGGAAAAAGUGGGGGGGGGAAAAAAAAAAAAUGGGAAAAAGUGGGAAAAGAUGGGAAAGGGAUCCAGGGCCAAGGGGAUUGUCUGGAAAGGGAUCCAGGGAGAGUGGGGAAAAAUUCUGGGAUUGCCAGGAAAGGGCUUGGGAAGGAUGGGGACAAGCUCUGGAAUUCCCGGAUUCGCAUCGGUGGGAUGAGGAGAAAUUGGGAAAAACCCCCAAAAUUCCUGGGAAAUGUGGGAAUUUUUUGGGGUUCACUGCCUCUCCUUCCCCCCCCACCCCCACCCCACAAUCCCAGGACAAAGAGCACCAGGAUCCCAAAAAAUUCCCAGAAGCCUCCGGAGCCGUCGCGGAAUUCCGGGAAUCCCGAAAUUCCCACAAGCAGAGAGGGUGUUCCCAAGGAAAGGAAAGAGGGAAGGAAAGAAAAUUCCCAGAUUUCCAAAGGUCCCAAAGAGAAUUCCCGGAUUUCCGAAGGGCCCGGCCCGGAGCGGUUGCGGAUCCUGCGGCACCACCUGCACCUGCGCAGCCGGGGCUGGCUCCGGGAUCCCGCCGGGAAUUGGGUCAAGGACGAAAACGUCGAAUUCGACUCCGACGAGGAGGAGCCGCCACCUCUGCCACCCCCCUGAUGUCCCCAAAUGUCCCCAAAUAUCCCCAAAUGGCCCCAAACGUCCCCAAACGGCCCCAAACGUCCCCAAACGGCCCCAAAUGUCCCCAAACGUCCCCAAAUAUCCCCAAAU